CUAUCGUCAGUGCCCUGCGGCCGGUGGAAACGAAACCUAGGAGGAGCCUAGUGGCCACCUAGGGUGAGGAAAACUGAGGACGCGAGGCGAGAGCGAGAUCCAAUCUGCACCCCCCCACCAAAGAAAGAUUCUUCCCCGCCGGCCUCGCUCUCUCAACAUCCGUCUCGCUCCUUCCACCCUCGCUGCGCCUCAGGCAGCGAGCGAGCAUAUAGCAGCCCACCACCCACAUGCCGCAGGGCCCUCACCCGUCGAGCCAAUUGAGUGGCAGCCAGAAAAACCCAGAGCGCGAGCAGCGAGCGAGCGCGGGCUCCUGUGUGCAGUGUGUCUGCGCUAGAGGGCGAAGGGCACGGACCGCCUUCGUCAAUAAUUGCGGUACGAACGGGGCAAAUCCGUCGUUUAAAGAGGUCGCUGAUAGCGCCUGCUGGUGGCGAGAGAGAGAAAGCAGCAGAAUCGCUGAGGGAUCGUCGAUCCGGAGAGGCAAAAAAGCCGAGAGAUCAGGCAGGGCACCAUGGGGCGCGGGAAGGUGGUGCUGCAGCGGAUCGAGAACAAGAUCAGCCGGCAGGUGACCUUCGCCAAGCGCCGGAACGGCCUGCUCAAGAAGGCGUACGAGCUCUCCAUCCUCUGCGACGCCGAGGUCGCGCUCGUCCUCUUCUCCCACGCCGGCCGCCUCUACCAGUUCUCAUCCUCCUCCAAUCUGCUUAAGACUCUAGAGCGGUACCAGAGGUACAUCUAUGCUUCAGCCGAUGCUGCAGUGCCAUCUAGCGAUCAGAUGCAGAAUAACUAUCAAGAAUAUGUGAAGCUGAAGGCACGAGUUGAGGUUUUACAGCACUCACAAAGGAAUCUUCUUGGUGAAGAUCUGGCCCUACUUAGCCCAAGUGAACUUGACCAGCUUGAGAAUCAAGUAGACAAGACCUUGAAGCAAAUAAGAUCAAGAAAGACUCAAGUGUUACUUGAUGAACUUUGUGACUUAAAGAGAAAGGAACAAAUGCUGCAAGAUGCAAACAGGGUUCUGAAAAGGAAGCUGGGCGAGUUUGAGGCAGAGGCGGCUUCUCCCCCGCAGUUAGCGUGGCAAGGCGAAGGCGGCAUGUUGUCCCAUGACCCUCCACAGCCAGAACACUUCUUCCAGGCUCUGGAGAGCAACCCAUGUCUGCAACCUACAUACCAUACGAUGGACAUGAACCAGCAGCCAGUGCCAGCGCCGGGCGGCUGCUAUCCUGCAUGGAUGUCUUAGCCAGUGCUUCAUUCCAUUGCCUUGAGAAGUGUCCUGACCUUCACAGAUCCCUACGAGCUUUAUUACUGCUUUUGCCUGCCCCUUUGCUGCUUGCGGUGCUUACUGAACUGUCCAAAUGACCACAUGGUCAUAUAUAGGUUAUUGCUGUCUUUAUCUUAUGUUGAUCACGGCCUGCUCAGCUGCUUUAGCGCCAUGCAAAAUGGCUUGGGCGAUGCACGCUUGAAUGGGUCGAACUGCUUAUGUUUUGGGAGUAUAAAUCACUUAGCAAUAAGCAUUGGCAUGUCCUCUGUCUC